AUCAAACAAAUGAUAGAAAAUGUCAUGUUUUUUGUACUUUGAACUUUACUAUAUAAUUUGAGCUUUAAACUUUGAAAGUACAAAUUUUUAUAGACUAUUUAUAGAUUUUAUUCCAGGAAUUACCUAAUACUAAAUAAUGUUUUCAAAUUGUUCCAGACAAAUUAGUUCACAGUUAAAAAGGUUUAAUAGCACAUUAGUUAUAGCAGAGCAUAAUAAUGAGAGUUUGUUGCCAAUAACUCAAAAUGCUAUUACGGCAGCCAAGAAAUUAGGUGGUGAUAUUUCAGUUUUAGUAGCAGGAACAAAAUGUGGACCAGCUUCUGAAGCAUUAUCAAAAGCCGAGGGACUUUCCAAAGUGUUAAUUGCAGAGAGUGAAGCUUUUAAAGGAUUUACGGCUGAAAGUUUGACCCCUUUGGUGCUGAAUGCACAAAAACAGUUUAAUUAUACCCACAUUAUAGCAGGAGCUUCUGCUUUCGGAAAGGCACUUUUACCUAGAAUCGCUGCUAAAUUAGAUGUUUCCCCAGUAUCGGAUGUUGUAGGCAUUAAAUCGCCAGAUACAUUUAUUCGUAGUAUAUAUGCCGGUAAUGCUAUUCAAACCCUAACGGCCAAAGAUCCAAUUAAAGUUCUUACCGUCAGAGGUACAAAUUUUGAGCCUGCACCACUCGAGGGUGGUUCGGUAGCUACUGAUAGUCUUUCUGUCGAUGGUUGCACAAAUGAUUUAACCGUCUUUAUUAGUCAAGAACUGAGCAAAUCCGACAGGCCAGAGUUGACCGGCGCCAAAGUUGUCGUUAGUGGCGGUCGUGGUCUUAAGUCGGGAGAAAACUUUAAGCUUUUGUACGAUCUUGCUGAUAAGUUGAAUGCAGCGGUGGGAGCUUCCCGUGCAGCUGUUGAUGCUGGAUAUGUACCGAACGACUUACAGGUUGGGCAAACGGGGAAAAUUGUUGCUCCUGACCUCUACAUUGCGGUCGGAAUUUCUGGUGCAAUUCAACAUCUGGCUGGAAUGAAAGACAGUAAGACAAUUGUCGCAAUAAAUAAGGAUCCUGAGGCCCCUAUUUUCCAAGUUGCCGAUUAUGGAUUAGUUGCGGAUCUGUUCAAGGUUGUUCCAGAACUGACUCAAAAAUUAUAAAUGUAUAACCGAAUAUAAGAUGGGUAUCAAGUUUAUUUUGUUACUUUUGUAGUUCUAUUGAACAUGCAACUUUAUCAAGGAAAUAAAACGUUUAUAAAUAU